AUGGGUGCGUUUAGGGUUUCGAGCUCUGCUUGUGCUUCCGUUAACAUCCUGACUGCUCCGCGUCGUCCUCGUUUAGCAGCCAAAUCUCCCUCCCUUUCCGCCCGCCUUCCCCUCCGCCACCCUCUCGUCCUCUCCUUCCUCCUCCUCCUCUUCCGCUUCCCCCCCGCGCGCGCGCAAGUCCUCCCCUCAACCUUCCGCGUGCUCUCCUUCGUCGACACCUUCUGCGCCUCCCCGCUCGUUCCGCCCGACCGCCGCGAGGAUGACCCCGUUAUGGGGCCGCUUCCGGGGGGCACGGGCGCGGGGGCCACGGGCGCGGGGGGGACCGGCGCGGGGGGAACUGGCGCGGGAGGUGCGGAGAACACUGGAGCAGGGGGAGUUGGACCGAACUGCACCGUGUCGGUCUCCACAGGGCUGUUACCGUCACGUGCUGAUGCGAAAGACAGCGACAGUUACAACAGCUCGCAGUGGCGACUCACAUACGUUCUCGCAGUGGGUGUGGUCCCUACCGAUUUCGACUGGCCCGACCAGACUGUACAGUCUAUACGCGUUAACGGGCGUGAAAUGCUCACAGCAGGGCCGUGCAGGCCCGUGGGUCGGUGCGGGGGCACCCGCCCGUUCGCGUGUUACAUGGGCGACGUGUCGUGGGCUCUGCCUGCCGCCAGUCGCAACCCAGCAAGCAAUAACAGCAGCACUGCUGGUAACCCUAUCGUCAACGCAACCCUGACCGUUGCAGUAACAGCGUCCGCGGAGGUAGCACAGCCGUGCCGCCUCUGCGGGGGCUUCCAGCAGUUACCCUGUCAGGUGUUACAGGCAGCGGUUCGCCUCACGGCCGUGCUCGUCCCAGUCGCGCUGAAGCAGCCGCAGCCAGGUCAGCCGCUACAGGAGCAGGCUCCCUCUGGCGCCGCCACAGCUGUUGGCUCGGCCACGGCAUUUGAUUCGUCUACAACUGUAGGCUCGGCUACAGCCACAGGGGGGGUGUCGAAGGUGGGGCGCGCGCGGUUCUCGUGGCAGGUGCUGGAGACGAGAGACGCGCUCUCACCUGCGCGCUGUGACGCCUGCACCUUCCUCUGCAAGGUGCGUCCUCCCAUGCUCUCACCCCAGCUCUUCCCCAUCCUCUCUUCCCUCACUUGCCCAUGCCUCCCCGCCUCCUCCUGUUCCCACCAGUCCUCAUUCGCUUCAUCGUUGUGCAACGUCCAAGGGUUCAAUGCGCCUCUGCAGGCGUCCUCCCCUACACGCCCCUCAUCACAUGCUUCUUUCCCCCUCUUACCUCCCUCUCUCACCUCCCCCUCUUACCUCCCCGUCUCACCUCCCCUUCUUACCUCCCUCCCUCACCUCCCUCUCUCACCCCAUUCUCCUGUCUCCCUCUCCCACCUCUUCUCUCACCUCACCCACCCACCUCACUUCCACCCUCCUCAUCUCCUCUCACCCCGCCAUCCCCUUCCCUCCCCGACCCCCCCACACUUCCCCUGUCCGUGGGGGUGGUUCACAGCGUGCGGCCUCUCGGACGGGCGGCACCUCUUCACAGUCACGGCGCUCAAGGGCGCUUCAGGGGUCACUGGCACCCGCCUGCCUGCACAUGUGGAAAACACGCAACCCCUUUAUCCCGCAGGCCCGACCCCCUUGGCUGGCCCCACAACCGGACUCGCUUCCCAGCUUCCCCGGCCCUCGCGGGUGCUUCACAGCGGGCAGCCUCAUACAGUCACAGCGCUCAAGGGCGCCCCAGGGCUAGACGCGCUUCCCAGCUUCCCGUGCCCGCGGGGGUGGUUCACAGCGCGCGGGCUGACGGACGGGCGGCACCGCUUCACAGUGAUGGCGCUCAAGGGCGCCCCCGGGGUCACUGGCAGCCGCCUGCAGGCCGCUGCUGCUGCUGUUGGCAUGGACGGCGCAGAGGGGGGAGGCGGGGUGGGGGGAGGGAGAGGAGGGGGAGGGGCGCAGGUGGAGGCUCAGGCGCAGGCCACAUAUGAAUGGGUCGUUGGUACGUCUCGCCUUGUCUUUCCUCUUUCUCAGUGCUCUCAUCACAUUCUAUCACUCAGUUCUCACCAAUCGCGUUUGCAGAAUUCUCGCCCGGGGCAGCUGUGCACCGACGCAGCCAGUCCAGUGCCAACGCUGACAGUGGACCCGCCACAAGCAAGGGAGGGCGCGGUGCAGAUCAGCAUAGCCUUCGACAAGCCGUGCCCGGGCCUGCAGUGCAACUCCACUGCCUGCGAUGUGGAGGCAUCACCACAGGGCAUAAGUUGCCUAGGUGUGGAGAGAUUGGACCACAUGCCUAGUGGUGUGGAGAGAUUGGACCACAUGCCUAGUGGUGUGGAGAGAUUGGACCACAUGCCUAGUGGUGUGGAGAGAUUGGACCACAUGCCUAGUGGUGUGGAGAGAUUGGACCACAUGCCUAGUGGUGUGGAGAGAUUGGACCACAUGCCUCGGUGCCCCAUUCUCCAACGUUCAUGUUCGUCCCUCGGUGCUGCUCACCGUGCCUCUCACCGCGCCUCUCACCGUGCCUCUUGCCGUGCCUCUUGCCAUGCCUCUUGCCGUGCCUCUCGCCGUGCCUCUUGCCGUGCCUCUCGCCGUGCCUCUCGCCACCGCGUCCCUCUGGAGGCCACUCUCUUGUGCAACACGCCCAUUCCUCCCCCACCUCCUUCCCCCCUCCCGUCUUCUCCCUUUUCCAUCUCCAGCCAGACCGCGUCCCUCUGGAAGCCACUCUCUCACCGCGCCCCUCUGGAAGCCACUCUCUCGUGCGACACACCCUUCGCAGUGGUCAAGUUCUUCACGCAGCUCAGAGCCACGCCACGGGUCAGCCAGUCGCCCGUGACGUGCCGGGUGCUCUUCUCCAAGCGCGUCUCUUCCCUCUCCUCCGCAUCCCUCGCUGUCGUCAACGCCACCACCAGCGACCCCCAGCCUGUCACUGACCUUGAGUACCAAUUCCAGGUGUGGCCGACGGGCGAGGGGUCAGUGGUGGUGGACAUACGGCAUGACAAUGUCACUGAUGCUGCCGGCAACACGUGCCAGCCCACACAGCCCUUCUUCUUCUUCUUUGACACCACGGCACCGUCAGUGCAGCUGAGUGUGAGUGAGAGUAGCGCCACCACGGACUGGGUCUACCCCAUCCUCGUCGCCUUCUCAGAGCCCGUGCUGGGCUUUAACACCUCCUCCAUCCAGCUCUCCAAUGGAGUCAUUACAUGCUGGACAGGGGUUGACAAGGGUUUGGGGCGGUACUACGAGGUGACGGUGGCGGCAGUGAGCGAUGGCGAUGUGACAAUAGUGGUGCCGGCAGCAACUGUGGUGGACAUUGCAGGCAACCCCAACUCGCCCUCCAACACCCUCUCCCUCGCUCACUACGCGCCAGGAGAUGCGGGCGCGAUAACGGCGUGGGUGGUGACGGCAGUGGUGGGGUGGACGGCGCUGUCCACAGCAGCGGUGUCGCUGGCCGUCACCAUCAAGGAGUCCGACCCCACGUCCUCGCCGGGCAUCCGCAUCGUCUCCAACCGCCCCUUCCGUGCCGUCAGCACGCCCGUCGUGGGCGCGGAUCCCUCUCGAAACGUUCUCCGCAUGGCUCUGCACCUGCAAGUGUUCGCGCUGACGCAGCACCUGGCAGUGCGCGUGCUGCCGCUGUUCUACCGCCAGCUCACAGGCGGGCUGCGCUGGACCUACUUCUACAUCCCCGCGCCCUUCAAGGGCUCCUUUGAUGGCUGGAAGGGCGUCUACUCCUCUCCCACUGACGCCCCCGGCCAGGACAGCAGCACCCCCCCGCCCUCCUGUGCUCCUCAUCUUCCGACGAUGGGUGGGGAGCGAGUGCAUCUCCCUCUGAGGCACCGGGGCAGGGCGACAGCACCGCCCCGCCCUCAUGUGUGCCGUGAGCCCACUACCUCGCCACCAAAACAGAUUGCUCUCGCUCUUGCAACCCCUCUCAAUCCCUUCGUUCUGCCCUCUGUCCCAUUGUUCUCCCCCUCCCCUUCCCCCCUUCUCUCUUCUCACCAUGUCUCCUCUCCCUUCCACCAGGCACUAUCUCGCCACCAAGACGGACAGCUCUGCAUCCUCCUCCUCCAACCCCCCUCAACCACGAUCAACUCCUCUGUUCUGCCUGCUGUCCCAUUUUUGGGGUCGUCUCGAGCCCUCCCCUUCCACCCCAUCCCCUUCUCGCCCCCACCCACCUUCCACCUACGAGGCAUGCCCUUGACCGCCCCCUCUCUCCCCUCCUCCUUCCCCUCCUCCCUUCACUCCGCCUUCCCAUAUACUCUCCUCCCAUUGUCCCUAUCGUCUCGUGCGCCCUCCCACUAUCAUCGCAUGCUUCAAGAAACUACCGCCAGCACCACCAGCAACAGCAGCGCAAGCGGUUACAGUGGCUUCAAUGCGACUGCUCUUAUAGCCCUGGCAGUUGCAGGGGGUGGGACAGGGGGAGACGCAGCAGCAGCAAUAGCAGUAGCGAGGGGGUUCGACCCCACGCUGCUGCCGCGGCUGAGCGAGGAGGAGUAUGAGUACAUGCAGGCGUGGGGCAAUGCUUACUACUCGCACUUCCCCAACCUCUUCUACUCCUACCAUGGCUUUGAGCAGUUCUGCACGGUGCUAUUCUGGUUCGCACUCUUCUUCUUCGCCCUCUCGCUGCUGCAGCUGCUCUUCCAGUGGGCGUGGCAGCACUGGCGCUACCAGUGGCUCUACGGCCUCCUCGACCCGCCGCGCCUGCAGUUCCUCCUGCUCGCGCUCUCCCUGGCGGGCAUCUCCUGGGGCUGCACGCUGCUCAUCAGGGGCAGCAUGGAGCCGGGCGGCACGGCGGCAGGGCUGGCAACGGGGGUCAUCGUGCUGUGCCUCUGGCCCGUGCUGUUUCUCAUCUUCUCCUUCUCAGUCGUCUGGUACAUCGUUGUUCAGGAGCAAUUCGCGCGCUUCUUCGUGCGCGAGAUGACGGAGCCGCGCAACGAGGCGUGCAUCGCAUCGUUCGCGCGCGCCUUCUGGGCCGCGCUGCGCCAGAAGCGACUCAAAGGCCACUGGGUCACCAUCACGCCCUCCCAGAAACACAUCCUUCCGAGAUUCGGAAUAUUCUUUGAAGACUUCACAGUGUGGGGAUCUGUGGGCGCCUGGGGGGUGCUCAAAGACCGGCUGAGGGCUGCCUAUGGCACUCUGGACUUUCUUAAAAUGGUGCUGGUGGGAGCGCUGGUGGGAGCAUGGAGCCCGGCAGGCAAUGCUGUGGCGCAGCAGGCAUGCCUGCUCACCCUCGCACUGCUGCACCUGCUCUUCCUGCUCUUCCUUCAGCCGUUCACAGAGCGAGGCCUACAGGUGGUGGAGGCGGUGAGCUCGGGCGCGGAGGUGGUGCUGUUCGCAUGUGCACUGGCCAUGGCCAUCGACUGGGACAUGCCUUCCAGCUUCGCUGGCACUCUCGGGCUCGUCAUGGCACUCGCGGUCGGCCUCGCCUUCAUCGGCCAGCUCUUCAACCACUGGGUGGCACUAGGCCAACAAAUCAACCGCAUGCUCAACCCACCUGACGACGAGAGAAGCCCGUCUCACCGAUCGGACGGGGACGAUUUCUCGGAUAACGACGACGAUGACCUGGACGACGACGACGAUGACGAGGAUUUCGAUGACGAGGAUGACGGGAACGGUGACGACGACGAGGAUGAUGAUGACGACGAUGAUUACGAUGAUGAUGAGGAUGAUGACGAGGGGGAUACAAGCAUGGAUGAAGCGGAAAGAAUACGGCAACAGCAACAACAGCAACAGCAGCAGUAG